UAAUUUAGUAAUUUGUAAUCUUGACAAAAAAUAUUGAUUUAUUACGUUCAUUAUUCUAUGCGGCAUGUUAUCUUUUAUAACUUAGUUUAAUAAUGUGAUGGGUACUCGAGAUUAUGUGUAAUAUAAGUUUUCAAUCGAUAAUAGAAGUAAUAUUUUGUGGUGUGUUAUUGUAAAGUUUGUGGCUGCAUUGUUUUUAUCGGUAAAAAGUAUGGGCAACACAAGCAAGAAGCUAGCGGCCAAAUGCACACUCCUCACUAAAGAUGAGCAGAAGUACUUGGCGACCACGUUCCGGUCGGCCAGCAAGAACUCCGACAAGAUCAGGGAGGAGGACCUGAUCAGAUAUUGGGGUCCACAAAUCGACCCCCGCUUGGCACAAUACCUGACGAACUUUCUGUUCGGCUCGGGGGCUGACAAGGCUGCUUCUUGCGACUUCAACAGAUUUGCUGAACUCUACGUUUUUAAUGUAAGAGGUACUGCAGACGAAAGAAUGAUGGUUGCCUACAACAGUCUCGGUAUGGACUACAACGAUUCUACGGAGUUGCCUUACCAAUUGUUAAGAGAGUACUGCGAAAGUAUAGCAUCGACAUACAUCAAAAUGGUGAAAGCUCAGCCCUCAGGACGCGCCAAGACGUGGAUAGAGAAAGGCUUCAAGAGCCGCGCGUCCCACGUGCAGGCGCUAGGCGAGGCGAUAGCUGCCAGCGUGUCUAGCGAUGCCGACGUCGCUAUCAACGCUUGUAAUGCCAAGCAGCUUAAUAAAUGGCUACAAUCCAACACUCUACUACGUAAGAUGACGGACGCGGUGUUCGUGCACCUGUACGGCGUGCAGGGCCACGACGCGCACAGUCACAGUCACGUGCACGUCGCGCACCCGGAACCCACGCUCAUUCCGCUGCCGCAAGGAUUGGAAGCGAUGCCCGACUACCCUGCCUUCAUAGACCUGUCUCACAUCGUAUGGCUGAACAACCACAUCCCGGCGAAACAUCAGAACAGGUGGCGGUUCCUCUUCUCGUCGCACAUACACGGCGAGUCCUUCUCUACUAUGACAGGCCGCAUCCAAUCCGAGGGUGCCUCCCUUCUCAUUAUCGAAGACAACGCGGGCUACAUAUUCGGAGGCUACGCCCCCGUGUCCUGGUCUCUGGGGCCCAACUUCGUGGGCAAUGAGGACUCGUUCCUCUUCACCCUGGCUCCCAAGAUGAGGGUCUACCCGGCUUCUAACUAUAACAACCAUUUCCAGUAUAUGAAUCAUCAUACCAAGACUUUGCCUAAUGGAUUGCUAAUGGGCGGUCAAUUCAACUUCGGUGCUAUCUGGGUGAACGGCGACCCGUUCGGCGAGGGCUCCUCCGCCGAGUCCUGCAGCACCUACCGCGGCUACAAGCGCCUCAGCAAGGAGCCCAACUUCCGCAUCAAGAGCCUGGAGGUCUGGGCGGUAGGGGAGAAACCCAUGUUUAAGAAGGAGUCUGAUGAACGCGACGUAAGCGUGCUAGACGUGAAUCCAGAAGCUAAGGCUAUUCUAGACAUGGCAGGCCGCACGAGACACAGCGAAGGCAUCCGUGAACCACCACCCUUAUAAUGUAAAUAUAUAUGUAGCUAGCUUUAUUUCCGUCUGUCUGUAAUCAGCACUAAUUUAUUUUGUCUGAAGUCUGAAUUUUCGAAUAAAAUCAAUUUUAUUUCGAAUAAUCGACUUUAUUCAAAACAUAAGUGUUUUUCACAUAAACUCACAUUUAUAUACUUUACUCAAAAAUUACUGUUUUCAGAAUUUGUAAGAUAAACUUAUAAUUUGUAACUGCAGAAAGUAUAUUAUUUGUAUUUAUUGAAACACACUUUAUGCGAAAUUGACUCGGAAUUUGUUUUGAAUAAAUUCGAUUAUUAUUACUACAAAUAUAGUUACCAAUAAUAAAAUCCUAAAUUGCCCUUUCGAAGUUACGUUUAGACUUUACAUACAAAAAUGAAUGUCAAAAAUCGAUUGAAAUCGUCAACUUGAUACCAAUUUAGAUUUAUAUCAGUCACUAUGUAAGAUAGACUUUAUACAAACAAUAUAAUAAAUCAAGUCGCUAUUUAGAGUAAAAUUUUUGAAGUCAAGCAUAUUCUAUAUCUUUACCUUUUGAAAAAGAUUGAAAUCAUUUCUAAAUACCUUUUUUGAAAAUGACAGAUAUAAAAAUAGCAUGACAUAUUAAAUUCUUUGUAAAGAUAGUAACUUAUUGACUUAAAUAAUUCCUAUUUAUUCCAUAGGUUGUUAUCAUUGAAUCGAGUUUUCUAAAUAGCAUUUUUCCUUCCAGUUCUAGUUUUGUCAAAUAACGUUGUUUUUCUGAAGUAAGCCGUUUUAUGUCCUCUCAGCCGAUUCUCGUAUUGUCUAUAUAGAAUCUUUCACAAAGCAGCCCGGAGCCUUUAAGUUGUUGAUUGGUACACUCACUCAUCGGAGAGCACGUAAAUGUCGGUCCUGCGCCUGAUCUCUCUCCGGUCGUGUCGGAUUGCCGUCCCAUCGGGCUAUGAGAGUGAAGGAAUAGUGAGUGCACCUGUGUCUGCGCAAAUGCUUGUGCUCUAUAAUAUGUCCUGCGCAGUUGGCUAAUCUCCUUACAUAAGAACAGCCGCCGUAGCCGAUAAUCGGCUAGGAGCACAUCAUCAUCAUCAUCAGUUACUUCGGACAAGCAAAGUUAUUUGACGAGAUAUAUAAACUACUAUUAUCGUCCUUAGUUCUAAAUCGUCCAAUCUACAAUAAUAAAGUCUGUAUGUGAAUCGCACAAUUUUGUAUUUUAAUACCUUGAUAUAAGGUUUAUAAUGAAAUGUAUGAUCUUAUUGUAUCGAUGUUUAUUUGGCUAGCUUUUGUCUGUGGAUUUGCUUGAUUUCUUUUGUUUGGUAAGUGAAUCUGUUAUGGGUGAAGUCCGGUGAUGUUACAGAUUAUUAAAAAUACUGAUAUUUUCUAAAUUUUUGACAGGAUUUUUGCUACUGUACUUGGAUACAAAGAAAAAGAAACUAUUUGGUAAUUAUGAUAAAAUCGAUUGAUUCACCAUCAAUUCAAUUGAUAACCAAUUGAAUAUUUUAAUAUAUAAGUAAGAAAGCUUAAUUUCCGAUUUAUAUUAUAUUCAAUUCAGUAAUUUAUAUUACCUAUGCCUAUAGAUCAACUAAAAUAUACAGUAUGGUGUUUUUUGUGUAUGUAUACUUAUCGGACUUUGCCCAUAAAAAAUGAUCUGUUAUACAUAUAGUAUAUCUAAAUAUAUAAGUAAUAUAUAAAUAUAAAGCGUAUAUAUAUCAGCAAUAAAAAGUGCAUUUAAUUACUAGUGAGGUGCCUUUGUAUGUGUGUCUGUUCAUUGUAGCUUUUAUUAGUUAAGUGUGGAUUGCAAUAACCGAUCCAUCGAUUGUUUUUGAUUAAAGAUUGUAAUUUUACAUGAGCUUCAUAUAGAUUGUGUAAAAUUUCAAUAUUAGAUCGGAAAACAAUGGAUGGAUUGGGAAUUGUGAUUCGCAGUAAGUCGGUCACAGAAGUAUUGUCAUCUCUUACUAACUAGGAAUGUGAGAAGGAUAUGGGUGGUUAACUUUUAAUGUAUCCGUAAUUUAAAUGUAAUUUACAGUGACAUAAUAUAUUAAGUUAUUUAAGAUGAAUGCUUCGACUAGUAGCGGAAAAUUCAAAAAAAAUGUUUUUUUUUUUUUAAUAUUUUAUCUUAGUUAACAUUCGAUAUGAGACGUGAUCUCAUUGACCGCGGUAAUACUAUACAAGUUGAAGAUUCACCUUAAGUAAAUUGACAUCUAAGCAUAAGAGAUUGUUAGAUUGAUAACUUAGUUAUGUCACCGUAACUUCGUUAAAAUGCUGUAAAGAAAUGGAUGUGAUCCUGAAAUGCUAUUAAAAUAUUGUGACCGACAAAAAGCAUUCUAAAUAUUUGUAGGCAUUAGCUAUAGUUGUAUAUUUGCCGAUGCAUAACUUAAAGCCGCGUUUCCACUAAGCAACAAUAGUCGCGCAACAUGUUGCCCAACAAGUUGCCCAACAUAUUUAAAAACAGCACACAGGAACUUUUGUCUUCUUUCGUGUUGCUCCAAAUGUUGCUUAUUGGGAACUCAGAUUUAGGUUUCAAAAUAUGUCGUAUGUACACAGGCUGUUGUUUUUUUUAUACUAUGUUAAAAUGAGAUCGUGGUGCUUGAAAGCCGAGUUGGAAUAAAAACAGCCUGUAUAUCAAUAUAGUUAGUUUCAAAUUGUCUCAUUCAUCAUACUAGUCAUUGCUGUGAGUUUUUAUUUACAUAACAUAAUAAAAUAUACAUUAUUCGCUUAUAAUAAGUUAGUAAAUUAUAAUUAUCCACAUUAUUUAUUGAUAAAAAAGAGCUUAAUUUACUAGCAAACGUCAAUCAUAAUUAUAAAAUAAUUAAAUUAUAUACAGUGAAAGAGCUUUGUUCAGGCAAUCUAAAAUUUUAUAUUUCUGUAAUCUGGGAGGCUAACAAAAAAGCAGGUUCCUAGUCCAAAAAUAUAUAAGUAUGUAUGGUUGUUCAAUAUAUCGAAAUGAAAUCGAAAACAAACCUAAGUGUCAACGUAGAAAGUGCCAAAACACUAUGUCAUAUAUUUUAUUCAAUUCUGCACUGUAUUGCUAGUGCUAUAAGAGUCAUUAUCAGUUAAAUAGUUUCGGACAUUAAAUUACGCGACGUAAUGAUCAUUUUGUGAAAGUAUUUAUUCCAAUUUUAUUGUAUGCUAUGAGAUUUUUGAGCCAGAACUAUGUUAUGCAGUCUAAAAGCCUUAUUACUGAGUGUUAAGAGCGAUAUUUGUCUGUCUUUCUGUCAUAUUUUUAAGGCAAUGGCAAA